UUUCCUGGCUGGUUGGUUGAGUCACAGUUAUUUAAUGUCUCUUGUGAAUCACAAUUCAAUUUGAUAGGGUUUUUAUAUACUUUGAAAAAAUUUGUUAUUAUCCACUUGAAAAAAAACGAUGUUAUGAUGAACGAUCAAAAAUAUUUUGUGCUUCUCUUUUUAGUGGUUAUAAGUCCAAUUAUUCAAUCUUAUGAAGAAUGCAAUUUUCCUUUGCUCGAAAAUGCUCAUUUGUCAGCAACCACAUCUUUAUCUGAACGUGGACCAAACAAUGCUAGACUCAAUGGGGAAUCUGCGUGGUCACCAGAAGUUAGCAGUUAUGAUCAGCACAUUACAAUGGAUCUUGGAGGUCGAUUUGAAAUUCGCAGCAUAUCAACUCGAGGUCGUGCACAUACUAAUGAAUAUGUCACGGAAUACAUUGUCCAGUAUUCUGAUGACGGUCAAGCGUGGAUCAGUUAUGAAAGCCAAGACGGCGUAGAUGAGAUGUUUAAAGGUAAUGUCAACGGAGAUACAAUUAGAUUAAAUAAAUUUCAAGUUCCAAUAAUCGCACAGUGGAUUAGAAUAAAUCCUACAAGAUGGAGAGACAGAAUAUCACUUAGAGUUGAACUCUAUGGAUGUGAAUAUGUAUCUGAUGUACUAUCAUUCAAUAGUUCUUCUAUGUUACGAUUGGAUUUAAUGCGAGAACCUAUUGAAACUGAUGGACAUUCAAUUCGUUUUCGAUUUAAGACUAAUAAUGCUGAUGGAGUAAUGGUAUAUUCUCGAGGAACACAAGGAGAUUUUAUAGCAUUACAAUUGCGUGACAAUAGAAUGUUACUAAAUAUUGAUCUUGGCUCAGGAAUAAUGACAAGUUUGUCAGUGGGAAGCCUUUUAGAUGAUAAUAUGUGGCACGAUGUUAUAAUUGCUAGAAAUCGAAGAAACAUUGCUUUUUCAGUAGACAGGGUGUUAAUAGAGGGUAAAAUAAAAGGAGAGUUUCACAGAUUAGACUUAAAUCGAGUAUUUUACAUUGGAGGCGUUCCUAAUAUGCAAGAGGGCAUUGUUGUUACACAAAACUUCACAGGGUGUAUAGAAAACUUUUACUUUAAUACAACGAAUAUAAUCAGCGAAGUCAAGAAAGCAGAAGAAUAUGGAGAUUACAUGCGAUACCAGAGAAUAAAUUCUCUUUACAGUUGUCCAGAACCACCUAUAAUUCCAAUAACUUUCUUAACUUCUGGUUCUUACGCAAAGUUGAAGGGAUAUGAAGGUGCGUCAUCUCUUAAUGUUUCCCUUUCGUUUAGAACUUAUGAUGAAGAAGGAGUGAUUUUGUAUCAUCGAUUCACUUCUCCAGGAUUUGUUAAGAUGUACAUUGAAGAAGGUAAAUUGAAAAUAGAUAUUCAGACCCAUAAUUAUCCAAAAGCAAUUUUGGAUAAUUUUGAUGAAACUUUCAAUGACGGUAAAUGGCAUCAGGUAAUAUUGACUAUUACUAAAAAUUCUGUUAUUUUAACUGUUGACGGUCGAACUAUGAGAACAACGCGUCUUUUGGAAAUAUCAACAGGCGGUAUUUAUUUUAUCGGUGGUAUGGAAGGUAAAAUUUCAAAUAUGAUAAAUCAUCGAGGAUUUGUUGGUUGUAUGCGAGUUAUCAGUAUAGAUGGAAAUUACAAAUUGCCAACUGACUGGAAAGAAGAAGAAUAUUGUUGCAAAAAUGAUAUAGUUAUUGACGGCUGUCAAAUGGUGGAUCGUUGUAAUCCAAAUCCUUGUAAGCAUUCUGGAAUUUGUCACCAAACAUCUGAAGAAUUUCUUUGUGAUUGUGACAACACUGGUUAUUCCGGUGCUGUAUGCCAUACGUCAAUGAAUCCCUUGUCUUGUGAAGCAUAUAAAAAUACCAAUUCCGUUAAUCAACGAGCGGACAUUAAAAUCGAUGUUGAUGGAAGUGGUCCUCUACGUCCAUUCCCAGUUACGUGUGAAUUUUAUGCAGAUGGACGAACUGUCACUGUCUUACAUCAUAGCAAUGAACAGCCUACUCCAGUAGAUGCAUAUGAAGAAGCUGGUUCUUUUAUACAAGAUGUAAAUUAUGAUGCGGAUCUUGAUCAGAUUGAAGCUUUGUUAAAUGUAUCUACAACUUGCAGACAGAAAAUUAAUUAUGCUUGCAAACAUUCUCGUCUUUUCAAUACACCAAUAUCACAAAAUGAACCUUUUAGACCUAACUCUUGGUGGGUUAGUAGACGUAAUCAAAAAAUGGACUACUGGGGUGGUGCUCUACCUGGAUCGCGUAAAUGUGAAUGUGGAGUAUAUGGAACUUGUGCAGAUCCUAAUAAAUGGUGUAACUGUGAUGCUGGUUUCGAAGGUUGGCUGGAGGACGGCGGCGAUAUUAUAGAAAAAGAGCAUUUACCCGUAAAACAAUUACGAUUCGGUGAUACAGGUACAGCUCUUGAUGAAAAGGAAGGGCGUUAUACCUUGGGACCAUUAAUAUGCGAGGGUGAUGAUUUAUUUAUAAACGUAGUAACUUUCCGCAUUACUGAUUCAACCAUUAAUUUACCAACAUUCGAUAUGAGUCACAGUGGUGACAUUUAUUUUGAAUUUAAAACAACAAUUGAAAAUGCAGUAAUGAUAUUUAGUAAGGGUCCAUCUGAUUAUAUAAAAAUAUCAAUCAAUGGAGGAAAUCAAAUUCUUUUCCAAUAUCAAGCUGGUGGAGGUCCUUUAACUGUUUCGGUACAAACAUCCUACAGAUUAGCCGAUGAUCGUUGGCAUACAGUUUCCGUUGAACGCAAUCGUAAAGAGGCAAGAAUUGUUCUUGAUGGCGCAUUGAAAAGCGAAGUAAAAGAACCCGAGGGUCCAGUUCGGGCACUUCAUUUAACUUCUGACCUAAUUGUAGGCGCUAACGAAGAUUACAGAGAUGGCUAUGUUGGUUGCAUUCGAGCGUUAUUAUUAAAUGGACAACUUCAGGACUUGAGAAGUUACGCAAGACGAGGAUUGUAUGGAGUGAGUGAAGGCUGUGUUGGAAGAUGUGAAAGCAAUCCUUGUUUAAAUAACGGAACAUGUCACGAGAGAUACGAUAGAUAUACUUGUGAUUGUCGUUGGACUGCUUUCAAAGGACCAAUUUGUGCUGACGAAAUUGGCGUUAACUUAAGACAAAAUCAAUUAAUUAAAUACGAUUUCAUGGGUAGUUGGCGAUCAACAAUAUCCGAAAAAAUUAGGAUAGGAUUCACCACUACAAAUGCAAAAGGAUUUCUUUUAGGACUGUUUUCAAAUAUUUCUGGUGAAUAUAUGACUAUUAUGGUAUCAAACAGUGGACAUCUUCGAGUGGUAUUUGAUUUUGGCUUUGAAAGACGAGAAGUGAUAUAUCCUGUAAAACGUUUUGACCUAGGACAAUAUCACGAUGUUCGAAUUAGCAGAAAAAAUGCAGGAUCUACUUUGGUGAUUCAAGUUGACAGUCACAAGACAUCAGAAUUUAAUUUCCCUAUUAAAGAUUCAGCUGAUGGUCAAUUUAAUAAUAUUCAAUAUAUGUAUAUUGGAAGAAAUGAAUCAAUGACUGAAGGUUUUGUUGGUUGUAUAUCGAGAGUUGAAUUUGACGAUAUAUAUCCAUUAAAACUAUUAUUCCAAGAAAAUGGUCCAUCAAAUGUUAGAUCAAUUCCUGGUGCACUUCCUGAAGAUUUUUGUGGAGUUGAACCAAUUACUCAUCCACCUGAUAUUAUCGAAACACGUCCACCUCCAAAUGUUGAUGAAGACAAAGUCAGAGCUGCAUACAAUGAAACUGACACUGCUGUUUUAGGUAGUGUUUUGGCAUUGCUCUUUAUUCUUUUGGCCAUAAUGGGUGCACUAAUUGCAAGAUACAUGUCACAACAUAAAGGUGAAUAUCUAACACAGGAAGAUAAAGGCGCAGAAAUAGCUUUAGAUCCAGAUUCUGCAGUUGUUCAUUCUACAACUGGUCAUCAAGUGCAAAAGAAGAAAGAAUGGUUCAUUUAAAUUAAAUGAAACCUAUGUAAAAAGGAAAAUGCUGGUCCAUGGAUAAAUUAAAUUUUGUAAAGAUUUUUAUACAAAUAUUUUCUAAGGUAAUUCAUCUUCAUUGUCAAACUGGCAUACUUUUUAUAACUUGUAAUUUAAGUCGGAUUCAAAUUUUUUUUCGAAAGAUACUAAACUAAUUUUUCUUAUUUACAUUUAGUCCAAGACUUAUUUUAAAAUUUUAUUAGAGUCAACUUUUUCUAUUGUAAAUUUUAUUUGUCAAAGGACGUUCAAAGUUUGCUAAGUAAUAUAUAUUAGAUUUUUUUAUUCUAUACUCACGAAGAGAUUAAAUAUGAUCCCACUAAAUAAGGAAACAUAAAUUUAAUUUGUGAUUUUUUCUAAAUUUGGAUAGGUGAUCUUACUAUUUUUCCUGUGUCAAAUGGAAAUUUACAGUUUAUAUUAUUUUUUUUAAUCAUUAAUAUUAGUAGACAACGGAAAAAGUAAAUAUUCAUUUUUCCAAACUUUCCAAUCAGAAAUAAUAAAUACAUGACAGUAACAAUUCAAGUCAAUAUUAUAAUUUUUUAACAUUGCCUUUACAGUCAGCUCUCAUUAUAUCUACUAUUUCGUGUAUAAAUUGUAUAAAAUGUACAAUGCACAUUAUAUAAUUUAAUUUAUUUUAAUAAUGGAGUCGUUCGCUCAUAAUCGAUUCCAAAAGAAUCGCAUUUCAUUCAAGUAAUAAUUUUACAGCGAAUUACCAAUCAACCAAAUAGUCUCUGAAGUUGUGCAUUCUACAACGGGUAUUAAAAAGUUUUUUUUAUAAAGUAUACAUUUAAUUUUUUUAAGUAGUGGAAAGUUUAGAAUUAAAAAAUUAUUUACUUUUUAAAAUCAUGUCAGUUAUAUUAGUAAAAGUACAAAAUAGAAAUGUUGCCAACGUUCAUAAAUCACAAGAACAUUUGCAUUAAUCUGUAACAGUUUUAUAUUUAAAAAUAAUUUGCCAAGAAGAAAAGACAAAAAAGUAAAAAGAUUAGUGAUAGUUUAGACACUUAAAUUUACAUAAAAACACAAGUUUUUAAAAAAUAUUUUUAUAUCAUAUCAAAUUUGAAUAGUGCAAUAUGGGAUAUGUGAUUUAUAUACGUACGACAUAUUUUGUAACUGUAACUUAUCUUUUUAAAAAUCCCUAAUGAAGACUUAAUUAAAAUUUUAAACAAUGAUGACGUUACUUUCUUUAAAUUUAGAACAAAAUAAAAUGUUUGUUCGAUAUAAGUGUAACUAGUAGUCGCUUCUGGUAUAAUUAAUAAAAAUUUAUCUAUUUAAUUUAAAUUCUUUAAAAAGCUGAUAUCGAUAUUUAUCUUAUACAUAUAGGUAUGCCAAACUUGUAAUUAUAUAAGAAAGGUAUAUUUAAAAUAAGAAUGGGCUAAAACAAAAAACAAAAAUGUAUUUUAAUAUAAAUUCCUAAAGAAAAUUUGGAAAUGCUUCAAAAUAAUAUUGAAUAAAACUGAUUUAAUUAUAAUAAAUAUUUUGGCCCUACCAUAAAUUUAUUUUUUGAAACAUUUGUGUAAACGACACUUUUGUAUCUUUAGAUUUUGUAAGGCAAUUCGAUAUCAGCGUAAAACAGUAUUUGUUGUAAUUUUUACCGUCCAAACUGUAUUUUACUUUAUUUUAUCUUAUUAUUGUGCGUUUUUCUCACUAUUAGUUUACAAUCGUCUUUUUCAAAAAUUGUUUCUUUUUUUAUUUUUAUAUUCUGUUUAUUAAUUUGCAGAAUUUUAGUUUUUAGAAUUAUUUUUUGAAUAACGACGAAAAAGUAAAGAAUGCCUCUAGUAAUGAGAAAGUGAUUUAUAGGUUUACAAAAAAAUUGUACAUCUGUGCGUCAGAAUUUCAUCCAUUGGUUUAGAUAUACAUGUAUAAAGAACCAGUCUGGAUAAAAUCUAGUGAUUUUACAAACUAGUAGAAACCUGCCACACAGGUAUACUAUAUACUGGUAUACAUAUUAUAAUAAAUUAUAAAUAAGAUUUCUGUAAUUUUAGUUUUGAGUAUUUUGUUGUAUGUAUUAAUACUUUAAUAAAUAAACAUAUACAAAAUUUUUUA